UCUCAUGAAACUGGGUCUCUGCCAGAGACUAUAUCAUAAGAUCAAAUCCCUGGUAUCAAUUUUCAUGUACGUAUGAAGUUUAGUUUUCGGUACAGAACAACUAAACCGGGUCAACUUCGUGUUGAGCCAUCGAUUUAGUUCAUUAGUUCAUCCUUUGUGCAUGAGUGAGUGAGGCAUUAACACUGGCAAGGAUCGCAAACACCUGCUUUGCCAUUAAUUGGAAAGAUCAUUAACAUCGUCUGAUGAGGGACUUGAAACUAAGCGUACAAGGGACAGAAGAAGGUUACAAAGUGUUUGAAUACAGGACACGACGUGAAAGUAGCAUCACCACUGGAAUACCAAGACCAAAAGCCUUUUAUUGCCUAAAAACUUGAAUGAUUAACUCUUGCAAUGAUUGUUUUUAAUGGAACGUUUCUAGUGCUGAAAUCAAAGAUGUUAUACUGGGCGAAUAGGUUGAACUAAGUAAAUAUCUUACAAUACUUUGCUGUGUUCAAAUUUUUGAGUCCACAGAUGUUUUGAACAUUUAACAUGUGUAACGUUUAUCACGACAUUUGUUGACAUAGUAUUCAAGACAGACAUGGAAAGAAUUCUAAUGAACUCGUGACUCAGUUCUUGUCAGUGGUCCAACAAGUCUUCCAAUAUCUUAGUAACUCACAGAAGAGUUGCAGCAGCGAUCGUUAUUCGUCCCUCGACGAGACAGAUUUUAUCCAUCCCAAAAAAUCAUCAAUUUGAAAUAUGUUCAAGGUUAAUCGAAUUUAAAACAACAGCGAAAAGAUGGAUGUGGACUAUGAUUCUGCGAGGAAGAGAAUAAACGAAAGAUUGAAUCAGGAGUUGACCAGGAUCAGAAACUUACCCAAGAAAAGUAAGAUUAAAAUCUGCAAUAAGCAUGGACUAAAACACGCACAUCAUAUGAACACUGGUUUAUUGAAAAGCCUAGAAGUAGAUCUUUCYAUAAUACAACGCGAGGAGAGAAGAGUCACCAACGAAUUGCAGAAAAGGAGGAACACUUUUGCCGAAAAUACACAAAAGAGUUUCCCUCGACUUUUGCCUAUUCCAGGACAAGAAUAUGAUCGACGUAAGAAAGAUAAAAAGGAGUUCYCGAAUCAACGUUCUCCCCAAAGGUUUCAUGCAUCAUGGACCAAACCAGAAAUACCAGAUUACUUCAGUAGAUUAGAACAUCUAGAAAAUCAACAUCGCAAGGCAUUCUUAAUGGCCAUCACCGAGCAAAGCAAACGAACAACCAAAAAAAUCAUCRAACAAAAUAUCAAGAAAAUGGAAACGCCUAGUUCCAUGAGUUGUGAACCAGAUAACGAGCACCUUGUCACAAGGUUGAACAAACGAAUUGACUUAAGGAAAAGCUGCUUUCCUUCUUUACUUGGUGCAGAAAAUUCUUCACUUCUGGGGACAAUUUCAAAGAACAAACGAACGCAUCCAAAGGCGGAUACGUAUUAUAAAGGGACAACGUUUUUUAUGCCUGAAACAAGUAAUGAUCAAAGUUUGGCCAAGAAGGAUAGGAAAGAAAAAGAAAAAAAUSGUCUUGAUAAAAAAAAAUCAAAUUUCAAAAGUUUAAGGCAAAAUGGAAUGAAGGCYAAAUUUCUGCCUAAGAUUGAGGUUUCGGAUUUUGCUGAAAAUUCUAAGAAAUUGAAAACAAUUAUUGAACGUAAAGGCGUUGGACAUAACGGGAAUGGUGUUUCGGGACGYUUGGAUCAAAAUGGACUAAAAUUUAAUCAAACUGUACUAAAAGUGACGAAAAAGAUAAACUCAGAAAUAAAACUUGAUGGCAUGUUGAAGAUGAGGAAAGAAAGCUCUGUUUUUACUAAACAUUGGUGAGUUGAUGUAAAAAAAUAUCACGAUAUUUGUACUAUUGAAAGAGAAGUACAAGUUGUAAAUUAUGAUCACCAAAAUAUAUGCAAAUAUGUACAUAA